AUGGAAACAACGGAGAAUCUUAGCUUGCCUUUAUUCAAGACAUCUUCAGAGGCAACUGAUUACAGGUCACCCUGCAUAUUUGGGGUUUCCCUCUGUCCAUCACUAAUCUUACACUGUGUAUCGGCAGGUUCUGGGGCGGUGGGUCUGGCCCACUUUGACAAGUGUAGCCACGACGAAUGUCUGAGCGGCCUCCAUAUCUGCUCUCACGACGACGGCGUCCUCCACCUGCUCACCCGCAUCAAUGAGCUUUCUAUGGGCUACACCGAGGGCCGCCUCGAGCUCUGUGUCGUCGGCGGAUUCCAGGACGCCCGCGCCAUUUGUGAGAAGGUCACCCUCUCCCUCUUGAAUGCUAUGCACAAGAGUCCACCACAGAUCCAUUUGGUUCUGCUGUGUACUGGGGAGAUGAACACAACGCUGAGAGGCAACAUCUCCUGGCCACUUGUCAAGGGCAUUGGUGUGAGCACACAAACUGGCAAGAUCUUCCCUGCUACCUUCACUGACAAGGGACCCUACCUUGUCCUCCGUUCUACCAGGGUCUUCACUGGUGCACAACAGAUGGUUGACAUAUAUGACUGUGCUUUGGGAUUAUUACGGAUUGGACCUUUUAACUAUGAGCCUCAUGCUGGUGUGGAGCUACUCUUGCAACAGACAGAUGAUGUGAUACUCCAGUGUCUCUCUACAACCCCAGAAGUUGAGGGACCAAGCUGGGUCAAGAUGGUACGAGAAGUUCUAAAACACAUCAAAGAGCAUCCUUUCCCGGCUGUGACAAUAUUCCCAGACAACCGACCUCACUAUUUCCGACGAGAUAACUUGGGGGCUUGGACACCUGCUGAGCUCCCCAACAACAAUGAUUCCACUCCUGAUGCUAAUGUUCAGGCAGCUGUUCAAGCUGUUGCUGGAGCUGCAGUUGCAGCUACAGGAGCCUGGACACAAGCAGGUGGUGUCACAACAACAUCAGCACCUCCCACCUCAGGUGCUCUUUCUCCAGCCCCCUGGGGUACUUCUGUACCUCCCAGGUAUGGAUCUCUUCACUUGGACUGCCGCUUGAAGACCCACUUGGCUGUACCACCAGUUGUAAACCCAGGACAGCAUUAUGAUGAUCCUCUACUUAAUCCUGUUAAGGAUCGUUUCAUGCCAGCCUGGCAGGCCUCACAAUUGUGACCAUCCACUCUUAAUCUUCAAGACCCCUUCCUUCUGCCAGAGGGCAUGGGGGCAAGCUGAAUACCUGGCUGGGUGACGUGGCUCUGCGGCGGAGCACCGUUGCCACAUUCCUGCACCAGCCGCCAGAAUUCAUCGUGCCAAACUGCAGACCACCACCGCCAAUUACGUAUCACCUACAUACUAACUCUCACACUUGUUUCAUUUAAUUUUUUGACAUUCACAGAGAUUUGUGGUUAAUGCUAGGGAGGAUUAUUAUUGAUUAGUUAACAUUAUGUGAAUUGCACCAGAAGCUUAUCACUCCUAAUUUGAUUUGCCCUUUGUUGGUGCAUAAUAAAACACAUCAGGAAAUUUAAUUGCACUGUCGUUACAUAAUUUAAUAAGAAUCCUAGACAGUUAAUUAGCUCAGAGAUUAUUGUGCAUUGCAUGCUGUUAAACUGUUAUGGACAUGUGUGGGUGUGACUAAGUGUAGGUUGAGUGUGUUGGAGAGCAGGUGGAGGUCUUGCUGCAGCGUUGACUCGGGCUCUGGCCAUUAUUGCUAAGUGUCUCUCUCCUCCCUGGUGCAAUAUUUAUCCCGGGUCGGGGUAUUCAUCAGUAACUCUGUAAUAGUUUUGUAGUGACACUGUGUUUAUGCUUAGGAAUAAUAACUAAAUAGAUCAGAGGUAGGAAAGAAAGAUUACUUUUUUUUUUUUUUAGAAAUCAAAAUUUUUUUGAAAAGAAAUACCACCAUAUGAAAGCAAAUAUCUAAUAUAUUCCUCAACAGUGGUUGACAAAUUAAUAAAGCACAGGAUUAUUUACAGAGUGUUUUCUCCACAGAAUGUAGAAAUUCAUUCUCAUCAUUCGUUUUGGUAAAAUAAUUGAAAUAUUUUCAUUAUUAUUCCCCCCAAAAUUUUUCUUUUAAAAGUGAAAGGAAUUAAGAGUUAUAAAAUGCAUUGCUACUUGAUUAUUUCCAUUAUUUAACUAAUGCAGAAGUACAAAUGCUAAUAUUUCAGUUAUUUUACUGUGACUUUGACAUUCAUGAUAGGGUCAGCAUCUCAUAAUUAUGUUCAGUUUAUGCCUUUUAAUAAGGGUAGUUGUUUUGUUUGUGCAUAAAUAUUCCCUUUAGAAUAUUGUAUAUGAAUCUGUUUAGUGCACAUUGUUUACCCUUUGUAUAUGUAGAUGUUCUCAGCAGGACAUAAGGCUGUCUGUGAAUAUUUUUUGUAGUGAUAGAAGGUAUUUUCUAUGUGUUUCUCAUAAUAUAUAUGCUGGUAGAAUCUCUUGUGGUGAUCUGAUGUUGCACAUGAUGAAAAGGUUUGGGUCCUUCUAGAAUUGUUUAGAUUUUGUUUCUUGCCAGACUCAUAAUAAAACUGCUCCACAGAUAGCCAAACUUUGUGCCAAUAUAAUUUGUCUGGCCCCCUCCCCAAAAAUGAGGAAGAAAAUGAAGAUGAGUUUGCUACUGAAUCAUUCUUGCAGUCCAUUGUUACUCCAUCAUGUGACACUACACCUCCUUUAUUGCUAUACAAAUUGUGGGCUAUGAAAAUUAAACAUAUCAAAUAUUUAAUGUAUUCAUGUUUAACUGCUACUGUACUGUUCAUUAUUGAAAGUUUUGUGUAGUUUUUAAUCUCAAUGCUAUUUUUUGAAUAAUGAAAAUCAACUUGCUGGAAAUGACCUAGUUCCUUAUAAUUUAUUUUGGAAGUUCUAUUGGAGAAAGUAGUGUUCAAUUUUUAGAAAAUCGUGACACUGGGGUUUAUUGUGGUGUUUUUUAAUGGCUUUUCCUAUGGAUGUAGACAAUAAUAUUGUGGUGCAGUGUUGAAUUUAUUGCUAAUAUGAAUUCCAGUGUGUAUGUUUUGCCAAUGUUUGAGGUGGAGGUGUGAAUGAUUAUAGACAACUAAAUCCAGAAACAUAAUUUUGGAAAACCUUGUGGAAUACUGUAUCUUCAUCUCUGUGUAGUCCUCAGUGAUUUUAAUAUAUUAAGUGUUGGAUUUAGAGUACAUUAACUGUAUAGAAAUGUUACAAAGAUUCUUUUGGUAAAAUAAUUUAGUGAAUUAGAUGUAAAUUAAAAUGACUCGACUACUGUAUUGUUUGAGGAGUCCAUUACUGUAUGUGAUAAGGUUGUUUAUAAACUACCCUAGAUAUCACCUCCACCUCCAUGGCUGUUGUUCCUGAGGAGUUAUGAUAUACUGCGUUGGUGGACCUUGUAGCUAGUAGACUAGCUCUCCUGUACCUGCUAUGUUAACAUGACAUUGCCUGACUGAUGUCAAGAAAUCUAUGAUCGCUCUUUAAUGAACGACUUAUAGUUGAGAUGUUUUACAGAAUACAUUUUUGAAUUAUUAUCAUUUAUAGAAUUUCAGGUUUCAAAGAAAAACUCCAAGAAAAUGUAAUCCGCAUUAAGAUAGAUUUCAUACAGUAUCUACCGUUCUACAGUAAGCAAUACCAAUCAAAAUUAAAGACUGCUUCUCUUGUUCUUCUUUGUAAUUAAUUAUAUUUGUUAGGGAGACUAGGAAAGGUGAAUUUUAAACAGUAACUAUAAGUGAUAAGAAAGUAUUGUCGUGUGUUAGACAGUAUUUUCAUUUCCUUGAAAUUAUGGAAAUUGCCAAAUUGGUGUAAAGUAAAGAUAGUAGGGGAAUUUGGGAAGCCUCAAAUAUAAUCAUUAGAAUUGCUCUUUAUAGUACACCAAUAUCUCGAUUACUACAUAAUUAGUGGACAAAAAUAUUUUUUUUAGUGUCAGAUUUGUGUGAAUUUCAAGAGAAACGUGUACAGUAGAGAUAAAAAGAAGACAUUUAGAUAAAAUUUGCCUGCCUCUAGGCAGAUGAGUAGAUACACAUACAAAUAAGAAUUUGAAAGAAAAUUGGAGUAAAAAACAUAGCAGGGAACAGUUCUGCAUAGCCGAGAUUAAAGGUCCUUGAGUUACUGUAUAGUGUGAUGGUUAACCUCUGGGUAAUUAAGAUAUUGAUGUAUUGUAAAAGAUGAGGAUUUAUUGCUUUCUUCUUAAUGAUCAUGUACCCUUUAUUGUUAUGUAUAGAUUAUUUCUGUGGUUUAAAUUGAUUCUCAGUUCAUUAAUUAAUGCUCAUUGCAUUAUGUACUUUGGCUGACCAACACCAAUAAGUACAGUACUUAAUAGUUAUAGUGAAUAUCGUGCAGCAUAUAAAGUUCAAGGUCUUAUUUAGCAUAAAUUUUCUUUCCUGGAUUCUUCUCUUUCUAACAAUUUUGAGGAGAUAAAAUCUCGUACUUCCUUCACCGCAGAACCUCCCCCAUUAAUGAGGAAAACAUUAGUUAUAAUAAAUCAUCAUCCCUGAAUGUAUUGUACAUUUUGUAGUAGGUUUUAAGCCUGUACCUAUUGUAUGAAGGGAAUCUUGUCUUUGAGGGUCAUACAUUCACAAAUGUUCUAUUUUUUCACAAAUCACUCAUUAUUGUCAAAUAUAUUUCCAUGUAAA